ACAUUCCUCGGCGGUCUGCGUGAGGGGCAGGCUCAGAGUGUACUGGAAGCCUGGUGCUGUUCUUUAGUGAGCCUCACUACAGCCAUUUAGUCACACAGGGAAACCAGAGCAGAGAAGGAGAAGGAAGGAAGAGCAAAGCAGAGACACAAGGGGGAGGUCUAACGACACUAUCCCCUAUGCACUUCCACUCACGCUUUACACACGUAGACACACAUGCACACAUGCGUGCUGCGUUGACGCAGUCUAAGCAAGGAUCAUCAACGUAAACAAGCUGUCACAGUGCAACACGUGUGUGCGCGGUGAGCCUUGGGCGACCGGACUUCUGCCUGACUUCUGACCGGACACAGAGCACUCCAGAGCCUGCGUACGUGUGUGAGUGCAUGUGUGUGUGUGUGUGGGUGUGUGUGUGUGUUGUGUGUGUGUGUGUGAGAACACCGGCGAUGCCCUCCAGACAUCCUCCCAGUAAGAGGUCCAGCACGAGGAUGGACGACACAUGUUCUACAUCGAUGGUGUUCCUCACCGCAUUCUGAUUCCACUCCAGCUAAACUAACGCUGUGCCCAAGACUAAAACCGGUGAAAAAAAAAUCCAGAAGGGACCAAGACAAGGACUUUACUUCUCAACCUGUCCCCCAGGCUGAUAUGAUGUUGGGGAAUAAGUUUGCCCGCCACUUAGUGUCACUGGCAACCCUCUUGGUGGCAGUGGGCUGCGGAGGAAGCGAGCAGAGGAAAGGGGUCGACAGUAGUGCCGGCAGCACAGGACAGGGCAGCACAGGUAAAAGUUCAGGUAGCGGCAGCAGCAGUAGUACAGAAAGUAGUAGUAGUAGUAGUAAUCGGAGGUACCACAGAGUCCAGCAUGGACAGUGCACCUACACCUUCAUCCUUCCUGAGGGUGAUGGAAGUGGAGGCAACUCCUGUAGGCAAGGUAAAGCAGCGCCACAGUUUAACAAUGCCAAUGCACUGCAGAGAGACGCCCCACCGCUGGAACCGGACUUUGCUAAUCAAAAGAUCCAACACCUGGAGAAUGUCAUGGAAAACUACACUCAGUGGCUGCAGAAAAUUGAGAACUACAUAAAGGAGAGCAUGAAAACGGAGAUGGCCCAGCUGCAGCAGAAUGCCGUUCAUAACCACACAGCAGCCAUGUUGGAGAUGGGCACCAACCUUCUCUCCCAAACAGCUGAGCAGACGCGUAAGCUAACGGAUGUGGAGACGCAGGUUCUGAAUCAAACUUCCAGACUAGAGAUUCAGCUGCUUGAAAACUCCCUGUCCACCAAUAAGCUGGAGAAGGAGCUCCUGGUGCAGACCAACGAGAUCAGCAAGCUACAUGACAAGAACGGCCUCCUGGAGAAGAAGAUCCAGGAGAUGGAGUCUCGUCACCGGGAGGAGUUGGGGACACUGAGGGAGGAGAAGGGCAGCCUGCAGGCCCUGGUGGGGAAGCAGACCAGAGUGAUCCGUGAGCUGGAGACCCAGCUGACCAGGGCUACAGGCAACAGCACGGCUCUGCAGAGGCAGCAGCAGGAGAUGAUGGACACUGUGCACAACCUGAUCAGCCUCUGCAACAAGGACGCAGGGGUACCAAACAGCACAAAGCGGGUGGAUGAAGAGAAGAAGUUCCGGGACUGUGCUGAUUUAUACCAAGCUGGCUUCCACAAGAAUGGAGUCUACACUAUACAUAUGAAUGCUCAGGACACCAAAAAGGUGUAUUGUAACAUGGAGACAGCUGGCGGUGGAUGGACAAUCAUCCAGCGCAGGGAGGAUGGCAGUGUGGACUUUCAGAAAACAUGGAAGGAAUAUAAGAUGGGCUUCGGGAUGGUUUCUACAGAGCACUGGCUAGGAAAUGAAAUGAUAUACCUGUUGACCAGCCAGAGGCAGUAUGCCCUCCGUGUGGAGCUCACCGACUGGGAUGGACACAUGGCCUUCUCCCAGUACGACCGCUUUCACAUUGACAGUGAGAAACGCAACUACAGGCUGUUCUUGAAGAGUCACAGUGGGACGGCCGGCCGGCAGAGCAGUCUGGUGAUCCACGGUGCGGACUUCAGCACCAAGGACAUGGACAACGACAACUGCAUGUGCAAGUGUGCCCUCAUGCUCACAGGGGGUUGGUGGUUCGACGCCUGUGGACCGUCCAACCUCAACGGAAUGUAUUUCACCCAAGGGCAACACGUCGGGAAGCUGAAUGGCAUCAAGUGGCACUAUUUCAAGGGUCCCAGCUACUCCCUACGAGCCACAACCAUGAUGAUCCGACCAUUGGAUUUCUCAUAGACAUUGAGUCCAUCGAUAAGCACACUGUUUAAAAAGGUGUGCACCAUAUAGGGAGUAGAAAGACAUUUCAGAUGCAGCCAUGGAAUCUCUGGCUCUGCUCCCUAUAAGGACUAUGGGGUCAUUAUAUUGAAUGGAGCACUUCCUGCUUUAACCUGUUACUAUCGUCCCACCAUAUGGAUCUUAGGGAACAACACCAUUUGGCUAUUGCUUGGUAACUGUAUUCCAGGAACGAGCUCGGAUGACUUAUUGGAAAGAAGGGGCUUGUGGAACAAGAGACGUAAUUCACUAAAGAGCUGCGCUGUGAAGACAAACUGCCUGGCUCUUACGUAGGAGUGCCAUUCAACUCAUAUGCCGUACCUGUGAACUACUGGGUCCGCUGGGUAGACUGCACUCCUUUGACUGAAGAAAUGAAUGCAUCAUGGCAGCUUUGUAUAGAUAGGCCUACUACCUGUUACAAAAGACAUCAUGACUAUCCAUGGACUUCUAGACCGCAUCACCACUCCCAAUGAACUCAGCACAUCUGGAAUGUCCUCACAAACCACACGGGAGAUAUAGACAUUUUUAUAGGACCGUUGGGACACUGAACAAUGUUUUUGUAUGCUUUGUAUUCAUAAAUAUAUAGCCUAAUACAUUUGGAAUAACAAGAUGUUUUGUACACGAGUCUCUCCGGAUCUUUUCUGGAGAAGAGAAGUCACCAGCUGAUGGCUUACAAGGUCACCUUCAGUAUAACAUUUUGUUUUAAUGCGGACUGGGGAGUCCAAAGGCAGGUCUGAGAAGAGUCUCAGUCCAUGGUUUUGCUGCCACUUGCAUAGUUGUUUUAAGGCCAGUGUGCUGAAUAUUUCAAAGUUCAAAAUGCCACGUUAUUAUUGGAUUUGACCAUUGGUGGGAAUUUCUCUGCAUUUGCUAUUGGCUGACAAAGAACCACGCAAAACAUUCUUUAAUGAAUUCAGAUGCAUUUUAUUUUUAAACACACAUUACAGGUAGAGUUAUGGACAUUAUUUGCUACACCAAACCAACAGAAGGGAGUGCACAUUGUAUCCUAUUUAUGAUUAGCUUAUUUAUAUUACUAUAAUUGUCAAUUUCCCAACUCAAGGAUUGUAACAUAUCCACCCCUUGAAAAUUUGAAAAAGAAACUAAUCAAUAGCUAAUGAUUAUGGUAAUUCAACAUUUUCUGAAUGAUUUGAAACAUUUUGGGCAUCAGACUGAUUUUCCAUUUGAAGAAUCUACACUUUGGGUAAUGUGUUAAGGAUUUUAACCAUUGCGAACACAUAAAACCCCACAUAUCUAUUGUGUAUGCUUGAAUCAGAUACAUUUUUUAAAGUAAAAAUAAUAAUAUACUCAGUGCGUGUUAAAAGUUCAACUGUAUUAUAUCAUUGGCUUAAAUUAAGUUAUCCAACAAUCUAACGGUCCAUAACUUCUUAAAUCUUGCUUGGGCUGUUUUUCAAGCUUUUGAAAUCCUAUGGUUUUAAAAAAAAGUGGAUAGAUUUUCUUAUGAGUAAUCACUUUAUGACUUUUAAAAUGGAAAUACGGCCAGAACAGAAAUGUGGUCAGCCCACAUUUCAAAACUCACCACUGGUCAUUAUAUUAACUGUUAUAUUGGAAACAACCAAAAAUGUCCCUUGAAUGUUUAUUUGCUAAGACAACUGCACUGAACCCCAACUCAAGACAGGUCUCUCUCUUUCAUUGCAACUUCAAAAAUAAUGCUGAAACCUAAGAUUAAUGAUUCCUUUCAGCGUACUGUGUGGAUUAGAGUUUCAUAAUUACCAGUUUGAAAAAACAAGUACAAAAUGAAUUAAUAUCUGAAUAACCUUAGGCUGUUGAGUAAAGACACAAUGUCUGGAACUUGUAAGAAUAUAAAAUGACAUAAUUAUUAACAUACUGAAAUUGUAUAAUUAAAUAUUUGUGAAAUAACUUUCCAGAUGACAACUUCUGUGUAUUCCUUCAGAACCACAGCAUUUUCAAGAUGAGCAUAAAAUCUAGAAGUAAUAAUAAUACAGCAUUGUACCUAAAAUGAUUCUGCUUUUACCUCAUUAAACUGUAGAUUUGCCAUUUUAUUUAAACAAUUUUUUUUGUAUCAAGUUGUCAAAGUGUCAUGUUUUUAGACAAAAUAAAAAAGCAUGUGAUGCACUAUUGUU